AUGUUCUAUGCGAUGGAAGGACUUCCGUUUGUUCCAAGUAUUUCUGAUGCUGCAUUGGUGGGUCUUAGGUUUGCUUCUCGGGUACCUCUAAAAUGUUAUAGGAUUUCGACUUCCAGGAUGGAUAUGGCCUUGAAUAUGUUUGCAAUUAGUUGGGAUGAAUGGGUAGGCAUGGAUCGUUUGAUGAAGAAUACUGAAGAGAAUAUUUUAAAGCAACAGACUCUUGAUAAGAAGGCUGGGGUUGACAAGAACAGUAAAUCAGGGCGUUCAACUUACACAAAGCCGAAGAGUUCUGCUGAUGCUAAAGUGGAUAAAGAUGAGGCAAAGAAUGUAGGCAUACUUAUUUAUCGUCAUCAUAUUGCAGUUGCCAAAGGGAAGAAGCGGAAGGUUGACUCGGCCGUGGAGAGCAAUCCAGCCACAGAAAAGCUCAUCAAGAUCCAAAUUCCGCCAACUUUGAAGAAACAAUUAGUUAGUGACUGGGAGCUGGUCACUCAGCAGAACAAGCUUGUGAAACUCCCCAGAUCUCCAAAUGUUGAUGAUAUAUUAACAAAAUAUCUUGAAUACAGGUCCAAGAAGGAUGGAAUGACGACAGAUGCUGUCGGUGAAAUUUUGAAUGGGCUACGCUCUUAUUUUGACAAAGCAUUGCCCUCUAUUCUUUUGUACAAGAAAGAGAGGCAACAGUAUCAAGAUGCAAUUCAAGAAAAUAUUUCUCCAUCAAGUGUAUAUGGAGCUGAGCAUUUGUUGCGCUUAUUUGUGAAACUUCCGGAAUUGUUGACAUACGUGAAGAUUGAAGAGGAGACUUUGCUUCGGUUGCAGCAGAAAUUGCUCGACUUUCUCAAGUAUAUGGACACUUUGAUCUUUCUGCUUAAUAUCAUGUGGCAUAUAGCUCUGAUGCUUGACAUUGAAAAUUAUUCUAAUCUUGCUCGCUUUCAAUAUUGUUCUUGCAAACCAACGAGAACAUUUUCAGUCUCUCUUCAUAUGAUGGAAGCAAAGCUACAGAAGGAGUUAGCAAGGAUUGGAGAAACGUGUUCUGGUACCAGCAACAGCUGCAACUCGGGUCUAACGUGUGCCUCCUGCCCGGCUAAUGGGAACACCCGGCCACGGUGCACUCGCACGCAGCCGAUUAUUCCCAUCUCCAGAGUAAACGGGCUGCCGUUUAAUAGAUACACGUGGCUGACAACCCAUAAUUCGUUUGCUCGCUCCGGAUCCAUAUCGGGUACGGGCUCAACUCUCCUCGCUCCCACCAAUCAGGAAGAUUCCGUCGCCAAUCAGCUCAGAAAUGGUGUCCGAGGUUUAAUGCUUGACAUGUACGACUUCAACGAUGAUGUUUGGUUGUGUCACUCGUUUGACGGGAGGUGCUUCAAUGUGACAGCAUUCCAACCCGCGAUCAACACUUUGAGAGAAAUUCGAGAAUUUAUGGAAACAAACCCAACAGAGAUCAUCACAAUUUUCAUCGAGGAUUAUGUGAGGUCUCCUCAAGGCCUAACGACACUGUUCAAUGUAUCCGGCCUCAGCCGCUACAUGUUCCCGAUUUCUCAUGGGAAUGAUGGAAUGAUCAGGGGAAUCUGCCGGAAUCGAGCCGAAUCAUCUUCAAUGAAUACAAGGACGAGACCUUUAGUGCUUAUGAACUAUUUUCUGACAAACCCGAAUAUAUCGGAAGCUUGUGCCGACAACUCAGCCGACUUAGUUGCUAUGCUGGAUACUUGUUACGCGUCUAGUGGCAGGCGGUGGCCAAAUUUCAUUGCCAUGAAAGUCGUCUCCUCCGACGACGCCAACCGGCGCACCUUCCACACACACGGCAACACCGUCGCCUUUGGUUUCCAGCUCGCGGCCACCUCCACCGUUAGUGAAUCCAUCGGGCAACACGAGGGCCCUGCCGUGAAUUUGAGGAGUGAUGGAGGGGGAGCAUUUGAGGCCAUUGAUGAAGCAAAUGGCCAUUUGACCUGUGGCUGUAAUAGCAUUGCCUAUUGCCGGGCAAAUGCCACAUUUGGGACGUGCGAUGUACCUACGUUUUCGCCUCCGCCACCAGCCGAGCUUCUAUCUCCUACUGGAAGAGCGCAAGAGCCCACCAAUAAUUCUAUCAUAUGCAGAACCUUACACUUUCAUCGGGUUAUUCUGGCAAUCCUAACAGGCCUCCUUAUUUGGCUUCUGUAAUUUUCUGUGUUCUUCACAUAUGUAAUGUUUUAUUGUUCAAUAUUUCAGUAGCACAAUAAGGAGAAAUUACUACAAGAGCGUGCGAGUAGCGCAUCGAGAUGUUUGAAAAUCUCACAUUCAAACUCUACAAAAAAAUUCAAAAUUCCUAAAUUAAAAGUGGAAGUCGGAAGAUUUAAUUCAAUGUAUGUUGUUGUACCAAAAGCCAAUUUUUAUAAUAACUAAUAGUGGUUCAACAUUUAUAUAUUAUACGGGUCUGGGGUCGACGGAUCUCGGCCUUCGAGUUGAGAUUUGUCGACUUCUGUAGAUGAUCACGGGUCUCGAUUACCUUCGAGAUCUUCUACUGUAUUACUCUUACACCUCCUUACCAAUUCGUACCGGUGGAGCAACGAAAAGAAGAUAAAACUCGAAUGAGAUCUAGA